GAUAAAUACAGCUCUCGUUCAAAUCUCUCUUACACACUUUGGCAUAGACCUGCCAUUUGUCCAUUCUAGAGAUAUACCGGUAUUAACGUGUGGAUUAUUUCACUUAAAAAUACCAUGGAACUUUCGGAAUCACAAAUACCCGACACAGCCGAGCACUUUUUGAUGUGUGGCAUCGAAGACUGUGGGAGGUACUGCCACUUCUACCGCAAUCCUUGUCACCAACCUAUGUGUGAACACUGCAGGGAUGAACAUCAGAAGAGUCCAGAAACCAAGAACCAUGAAGUAGUCCCUUACCGAGAACGCAAACGACAGCUUCCAGUUGAGAAAUGCAGAGAUCACCCCACUAAGGAUAUAGACAUUCUCUGUGAUGAAUGCAAUGCGUCUUUAUGCUCCAAGUGCUCUACAAUGUCUGUCCACAAGGGGCAUUCCUUUACCGACUUGGAGACAAUUUAUACGGAAAAAUCUGCAGCAUAUCGUCAGGAAUUCCAAAGAAUUCAAGCGUACUUCAUCCCCAUGGCAAAAGAUUUGCGUAAUGAAAUAAAAAUAGAUGCCACAAAAAUAAAGACAAUCAUGGAUGACAUCAGAUCAUCCAUGAGGGAUGAAGCCAAAUUUCUCAAAAAACUGGUGGAUGAAGUGACAUCAGAUAAUAUAGAACAAGUCAACAAAAUGGAAGAGUCACUAAAGGAGAUGCUUCAGAGUCAAGACAAAACACACCAAGAUUACAUCUCUUAUCUUGAGGACCUUGUCACAAAGUUCCAUGGCUACCUGUCCUCUACUCAACUUCAAAAUAAUCCCAUCAUUUUCCCACUUUCUGAACACUUUACAAUCCGACCCAUACCAGAGACCAUCAAACCAGUCCCUCCAGAAUUUACAGCUGGUCAAUAUAGCAAGGAGGAUGUUGCCAAACUGCUGGGUAGAAUAGCAAUUCCUGACACUAAACCAGAGAUCAGAAAAAUCAAACCCAUGGAGACUGCCUCUACACAGUUGAAACCUACAAGCAAACAGACGAAACAGGAGAGAAGAAAAUCUGGCGUGAAACAAACACUGUCUCUGUCUUCCUCUGUCACAAAAGUCAGGGAGUACACAGUACCAGGUUUUGAUGAAGUAUAUCAUAUAUCACUUGGUAAAUCUGGCAGACUCUGGGUCAGUGAUGGUAGUGGUAACCUUGUCCAAACAGAUCUACAGGGGAAUCGGCUACAGAAGAUACAAACAAAUGAUAGAAGUGAAGGCAACCACACAGUCACACAGGACGGGGAUCUGAUCUAUACAGACCAUUCCAACAAUAUCAUCAAUAGGAUAACACCGGACAAUACAAUCACCAAAUUCAUUAAAACGGGAGACUGGGUACCAAUUAGCAUACACUCCUCCCACAUCAAUGGGGACAUUCUGGUGGGAUUGAUAAAGGAAGGAAAGGGUAGAGUCACCAGGUGCAACAAGAUAGGGAAAGAUAUACGGAACAUAGAAAGGGACAACCAAGGACAGAAAUUGUAUAGUUAUCCACACUACAUCACAGAAAACAUUAAUGGUGAUAUCUGUACAUCAGAUUCACUCAAAGAUGCUGUAGUGGUGGUGAAUAAAUCAGGACAACACAGAUUCUCCUAUACAGGUCAGCGGUCAACGUUUUAUCCCCAAGGAGUGUGUACUGAUCGCCUCGGACACAUUCUGGUGUGUGAUUAUUACAGUGACACAGUUGAUCUUUUGGAUCAGGACGGUCAGUUCUUGUGUCUACUACUCACAAAACAACAAGGGGUAGAGUAUCCCUGCAGUGUGUGUGCGGAUGAUGAGAACAAUCUUAUUGUGGGACAAGGUCACUCCAACACUUUUACAGUGUACAAGUAUCUUCAGUGAUGAUACAAUGUUACACUAACAGUAUCAUGAGUUGAACAUACUUUUAAUCUUCACUUCAAUACCUGAAGAUGUUUCCAAUUUGUUCUAAGAGAUUUUUUUGAAAACUAAAAAUAUAACAAUUAUUGUUUAUCAUAUUCCUCUUGUAGGGUUUGGCGCAUUACUCACAAACUUGAAUCCCUUCACCCAAGGAUACUUUGUGCUUAUUUAGUACAAAUGAAAUUGACCCAAUGGUUCUUUUAAAAAAAGAAGCACAACAUGUGAAAAGUUUACAGAUUGAGGGACGAAAAGACAGAUAGACACCUGGAAAGGGUGUUUUGAAAAGCUCACUUGAGCUUUCAGCUCAUGCCUACCCAUUUAAUUCAUCAUCAACCUGACAUUCAUAUUAAAAUAAAGACAUAAGUAACCCUUUUUAAAAUAUUGUUU